AUGGACCCCUCGUCGCGCAGUGCGAGUCGAUCGCCACCGUCGUUUCGGCAUCUCGUACACGUGCACGCCCCACCUUCCGGUGUAUUGAACCCGGCCGCUCGUCACGAGAGGAGAAGGAAAGAGGCGCUCGAGUUGCAAAAACAGGUCAGUACCCUCGGUACAUGUCUCUGUGUUCUGCACGCCCAUGUGUGUGCGCUCAAAUAGCUGCAAUGAUGGGCAAAGACUCGAUCGCUUCUCCCCCCCACUUGUGGAGCUCGCACGCCAGUCAGUCGCUCGAUCACGCCCCUUCAGCUCGUUCGCAGCGAGUUCCGAAUCAGCAGCUAUUGCUAAACGAUCCGGACAUAUCCAGACUGAGCUGUCCGUGUGUGUGCUUUUCUCACCCACCCGUCCCACCUUUGACAGCGACGAACGCAUGCGUUUGAACGAGCGCGUCGUUCCCACCUGUACACAGAUCCCAUCGACUUGGAUUCGGUCGAAUACCUUUACCUAGGCUCAGCAACGAGUGCUGCGCAAUACGACGAUGCGUCAGAGCAUGGAUCGGAACCAGAGGGCGAGAUGACCAUCGUCGCGGAAGCUAAUCCGAGUGCAGGCGGACCGUCACCGACCAGUGCCAGCAUUCCGUCGUCAACUCCCCAACCCAAGUUGCAGCAAAACCGUCGUCGUCGUCGCUCCACGAAGCAGGUGUACAAACCCUGGGCGAGCAAUCUCUUGACGCAUGCCGAGACGCUCGAUCUUGAGCAUGGGUUACCGGAAGCGUUCUGGAUGGGUGCAUGGAGUCUCAAACUCUGUCCGGUUGGAAAGAGGUGAGUGGACGUCGAGCGGAGCUGGGACUGUGAACUGGACCGUUGAAUGGCAGUGAAUGGUUUCUUGAAAUGGUCGUCUUGGUAGAUGUCUGUGCGCGACAACCCAUAUAGCCAGUCAGUUCCCUUGCUCGUGGGCAGAUUUUUCAUCUCAUGAGACGUGCUGAUCCCAAGGUUAGACCUGUUCCCCACCCCCAGAUGGCAGUAACGCGAUCCUCUACUCUCGCGUUUCUGGGUCAGCUCCAAAAACAUGUUUUGGUGUUGUACACCCCAAUUGGCCCCAGAAACUUGCUUAUACAAGACGCCGCAAACUCCUCCACAGUCGAACUUUGUCCCGCAUCUACGUUCCUGCUCUUCCUCCCGAUUGCUUCCUUGACACCAUCUAUGAUUCCACAAUCAACGCACUCUGGGUUCUGGACCUCAUCAAAUGGACUGGCGUGUACUACGUCGAUCACGAGCACGUAUUCAGGUAAGUCCCUUUACGAGCCGGUCCUAGAUUCACGAGAGAAGUGAACCCCAGCCUUGAUUCAUCGUUGAGUCCUGUCCGUUUCAAUCCCCAACCCAGAAAAUGGUUCCUUCAAUCUCGACUCUCCGAACUUGAACCCGCCAUGACCGCCAAUCUAAACUCGAACUCGACACAACUUCUUCCCGUCCCCUGCUUGGACGCACCUUUAUUAACCCCGUCGGCUUUGGCGUAUUGGCUCGUUACGGCGUUCUCAACGAAUUCGUCAACGUUGGAUCGAGGACCUUGUUCGAAAUCGAAAUGGGAUGGAGUGUUGUUCUAUCUCAAUGACGCGAGGUACGAAAGUGGUCCAACGCCAUUGGUUGGAUGGGUUCCAGCUGCUGCUACUAUGGCCCAGAGCGAGUCGAAAGCGGAGAGAAUGGGUAAGGGCGAGAGUAUGGUGAUCGAAUUUGAUGAAGAACCAACAGGAGUACAGGCGUUGAUGAAGUGGGCGCAGAAGGCAAAAGUGGUGGAGGAGGAAAUGACCGUUGAGUAA